AAUGUCUGUCGCCAUGGCCAAGCGACUUGCUAGCUUUGUGCUCAUGGUGCUCUUGAUCUCCAUGUGUGCGGCGCAUCAAAUGCUCGAAGAGACGUACUGCCCGCUCUGCAACAUGGUGGUCAUACCCGAACUCAACCAGACGUGGCAGGGCGACCAAGCCAUUUACGGCUGCGAAAUGGCUGGGCACAUGGAGCUCCUUCGCACGCUUCCAGAGUCUCUCCUGCGGUCCCCCGAGACCGUCGACUCCAAUCACUUGCCCGAACCCUACGCGAGCGCCGGUGUCGCGUGUCCUGUCUGCGGUAGCACACACGUGCACGUUGCCAUGUCGUGGGGCUACCAAGGCAACCAAAAGCUCUUUGCUUGCUCUGACGCCCAUGCGAAUCUCAUCAAAGCUCAGCCGUCGGUGUACUAUACCGGCAAAGCGCCCAGCACGCGUGAGACGCCGCUCUGCCAACACUCGACCGUCAUGUUUGACGGCUUCCAGUCGUUUGUUGGCUCGUCCUGCCCCAAGUUGUUUCUCCCGACGUGGGUUCUCUCGAGCGAGCGUACGUACGCACUCGGCUUUGCCCUUGUCGUGCUCAUUGGCAUUCUCGUCGAGUGGCUGGGCGAGCUUCGCGAAGACGUGGAGGAGCGUAUGCUGCAACAUUAUGCCGCGUACGAGGCCUGUCACCAAGCCACACCCAGUCUUCCGACACUCAAGCGACGGCCGACACCGCCGGUUCGAUUACCGCUCUCGUGUAAAGUCGUUUUGAGUGUGCUCUACAUGCUGGCGCUGACGCUCGGGUACCUACUCAUGCUCGUCGCGAUGCUGUACGAGACGGGCCUCUUUGUGGCUGCAAUCCUCGGUCUCGGCGCAGGCUUUUACCUCUUUAAAGACACGGAGCAAGCUGAGAUGUCGGGCAAUAUCGAUCCGUGCUGCUCGACGUGACGCCGCGUACUAACUUAAAAUGCUCACCAUAGAUUGCUACCUUUGAUUGGCUGCAG